AUGGUAUUAACCAAGUUGAGAGAUGUCAAAUGUGAUGACAUAAACUAUAAAGAACUUACUGACAAAUGUGCCGGUAUCAGUGUGGACUGUUCCAAACAGCAAGCCGAUAAUGUCGAAGAAGAGACAAGAGGUCAGGCACAGUCGAAAUUGUGGCAAAGGUAUAGAGCAGGAAGGGUUACAGCGUCAAAGGCAAAAGCAGUCAGCUCAACAAAUAAAGCUUCACCAUCCCAGAGUUUGAUUAAGGAAAUAUGCUACCCAGGCGAGAAAUGUAUUCAGACAAAUGCAAUGAAAUGGGGAUGUGACCAUGAGACGGAUGCUCUACAAAAGUUCAUGGAGGAGAUAGGGCCAUUGCAUAAAAACAGCAGGCUACAGAACAGUGGAUUUGUAAUCAGCCAGGAUGUUCCAUUCAUUGGUGCUUCACCUGAUGGAAUAUUUAUUUGUAACUGCUGUGGACCGGCAUAUGUUGAGGUUAAGUGCCCAUUCAAUGCUCGCUACGAAGAUAUUAAUGAGGACACUGUUGACUGCUUACAGAGAAGAGAUGGCGAGCUUGAACUCAAACCUGAACACAAGUAUCAAUAUCAAGUCCAAACACAACAUGGUGUUUCAAAACAUGAAGUCGGAUACUUUGUUGUGUGGACAGCAAACGACCUGCAUGUAGAAGCUAUCAUGUUCAACAUUGAAUUGUGGGACAAGAUUUGUGCCAGUGCAAAAGACAUCAUGUAUGCUGCAGUUCUUCCAGAACUUGUUGGAAAAUUUUACACUAGGUUGCCAACAACAAAUUCAGUCGGAAUACUUCAGUCUGUAGAAAAAAUCACUGCCAGUCAGAACAGUCCGCCUUUGAAAAAAUGCACAGACAAACAAGACAACACGGAAGAAGUCUAUUGCUAUUGUAGCCAAGUGGAACAUGGAAAAAUGAUUGGGUGUGACAAUGAAGCCUGUGAGAUAGAGUGGUUUCACUAUAGAUGUGUUAACAUUGAAAAUGCCCCAAAGGGUAAAUGA